GUCGCAGAAAGUAAUAAUAAUAGUACAGUGCUAGUCUGCUAGAGGUAUGUAUGGAAUCACAUUGCCUGCAGCUGGAAUAUGCACAGUUCUGAGUUCGCGAACGAUGUGUUCGUUCCAACUUUUAUGCCCGUGGAUUUUUCAGGAGGGGGGUGGGCCAACCGGAGCCCUGGACUUUUCAAGGGGUGGGGGGUGGGGGGUGGGGGUGGGGGAGGGGGUCUGUGCAUGCUCUCGCUGUUGCAAAAAAUGUUGCAAACAAGGCUGUGAGCGAUUCCUUAGUUCCAAUUCCAUCCUCACGCAUUCAGAAAGAAUGUAAUGCAAGCUUUACUUUGACAUUUGGGUUUCUAGGGUAUGAUGAUGUGGUUACGGUCUGUUUGAGACCAAGUUUCUUUUCUUUUUUUUCUUUCGUGUUUGUGCAUUUUCGGUUUUGUGACGACUUCUCAUUGAAAGUAAUCCUAGGCUGGUUUAUUCGCGGGUAAUAAAGGCCAGUCGAAUGAAACUUUCAAAUGAAACUUUCAAAUGAAACUUUCAUCUGCAAUUUGACGGUUUGAUGGAUUGAUUGAUUGAUUGAUGUUUGUUCGAAAGCUCUGCUGAUUACUUCGUUGAUCCUUUUCGUGACAUUGCCGCGUUAUGUAUCUUCUCCUCCUAAAAGCAAGCUCUGCUUUUGGACAACAAAACUACCAUAGUAAUGACCUCACAGAAGCCGCUCGUUGAUCUUUGAUACAUCAUUCUGGAUUGGAUUCAUAUGCAUGCAUGCCAGCAUAGUCAUCGUCUACCAGGAGGGCAUCUCAUCUCUCAAUGCACUGGCUGCAUGACUCUUUUUGCCUCGUUCGCCAAAUGCCUCCGGAAAGGCGGGAGCCUGGAGGCAACUCACUCCACGAAAGCAUCGGGCUUUCUCAAGACCAACAGCAGCGGGUUAUCGUCGAGUUCUUUAUCCGUUGAUCGAAGUCGAAAGUCGAAGUUAAGUUGGUGGCAUCCUUGUCCUUGCUUCGAAGUGAAGUUGGCGGCAGCCAUAGACACAGUGUCGUUGCGGCGCUGCCAGGGCGCAGGCAACCCUCUCUGCGCCAGCCAGUUAAGUUGGCGCCAGCCAAGAUCCAAUCGCUAUACGUAACAAGAGAGAUCGCAGACUUGACCAAAGGAGCAAAGAGAAGUAACCAGAGAGAUCGCAGAAACUGGAGAGUGAGUCUCCAAUCGCUAUAGGUAUGCUGACGAUGAAGAAAGGAGCAAGGCUUGUGCUUCCCACGCUAAUGACCUUCAGUCUCAGUUCUGUGCAUGGCGAUGCUUUGCUCCAUCCUUGCGGCCGAGUUCAUCUGCUGAGUUCAUCUGCCCAUAGCACGGUCGAUGCGUAUGCUGAUACUGAGCCUCUGGUGCUUUUCUACGUAAUGCGCAUGGUCAAUCGGAUGGGCAGCAAUGGGGCACUUGGUGGACCGUGUCUGUUGCUUUUCCACUUAAUGUGGCCUGGCCCGGUCUAUUGGCUGGGCAGCAAAGGGGCACUGGGUGGACGGCGUCUGCUGCUUUUCUACGUAAUGCUUCACAUUUGGCCUUUAUGGUGCCACCGGGGAGCCGUUCUUGGGCGACUCUAUUUGUGACCAGAAGGUGGGGUUGCUCUCUGCUGGUCUGGUUUUGAACCGCCUGGCCUAGUGCGCGGCCUGAGGCAACUGGAGAACCUGCUGUUCUGAGCCUCUCCGGAAAAUUUAGGAGGCCGGGCGUCGCAGAUAAACGGAAUCUGCAGUGGGUGGCCUCCGAAAGGGGCCCGCGACCGAUAGCUGGCAUGUACUGGUUUGCUUUAAGCUUCAAGGUGAACUGGGUUAUUAGACAAUGACAUGUCGACACACGACUCGACAGAAAGAUGUAGACAUUGAGACGAAGUGUCAGGACCUCAACGUUGCAGCAGCCACUCGACGCUCGGUGUGGAAGAUUGCGGAGGUUUGGACUAGGGAUUUGUUUGAUUGUAUGUAUAUAUGUCUGUCGAAAGAUGGAUGGACAGCCAACUCGUUGAAUGUUAUGUUAAUUUCUAA